CUUCAGCAGGCGAGUGGUUUAUUUCAGCAACAGAAUGUCCACAGAUGUAACGAAGCCGCCGCAGGAUAGCGAAGGGUUCUGGAAGACGCGCUACACGAUACUGGUGCUGAACACCCUGGCCAUGGGCAUCAGCUACGCGACGCGCGUCAACAUCUCGGUGGCCAUCGUCGACAUGGUCAACGGGACGGCGCUGAGAGAGAGAGAGGCCGCUGAAGGGACCCAGCUGGUCCGUGAUCCGGACGCCUGUCCAGGGGAGCAGGUGGUGCUCGAGGAUGCCACAGGCCGCAGGGAUGGGGAAUUCAUUUGGGACAAGCAGAUGCAAGGAGAGAUCCUCGCAGGCUUCUACUACGGAUACACGAUUGGUCACAUCCCAGGAGGUGUGCUCGCUGACCGCUUCGGUGGUAAGGUCGUCUUGCUGGUCGGCAUUUUUGUCUCGUCUCUGCUGGCGAUUCUGACACCGCAGUCAGCGUGGGCUGGCUACUAUGUACUGUUUUUUAACAGACUCUGCCAGGGACUCGCUCAGGGUGGCAUAAUACCAGCUAUACAGACGACUGUUUGCAGGUGGGCACCAGACCACGAAAGGAGCUUGUUUUCCAUUAUUUUCCUAGGGUUAUUUGUUGGGAGCCUGGUGUCCAUGGCGGUGACUGGCGCUCUGUGCGAGACAGUGAUUGGCUGGCCGCUUUCCUUUUACGUUUUUGGAGCCGCCGGCCUGUUGUGGAGUGUGUCUUGGUUCCUGCAGGCUGCGGAUUCACCGGCACAGCAUCCGUACAUCGACCCAGUAGAACGCACCUACAUCGAGGAUACGAUAAAGUCAGCUGCUAAGACAAAUCUGCCGGUGCCGUGGAAGACUAUUUUGCUGACUCCAGCCAUCUGGGCGCUCAUCGCAGUCAUGGUCACUUCCGACAUGAGUUUCUACUUGCUGAUAACGUCGAUACCGCUGUACCUCGCCCAAGUCUUGCAUUAUGACAUCCGAAGCAAUGGAAUCAUAUCGGCUAUUCCCCACAUCACUGGUACAGCUGGAAGUUUGGCAUUUGUAUGGCUUACUAACUUCCUGCUCCGAAAGGAAUUUGUAUCCAGAAUCUGGACUUUUCGCAUAAUAAAUGCGCUGGGUACGCUGGUGCCCGGAGCGGCGCUGGUCGUGGUGGCGCUGGUGGGCUGCGACGCCGCCACCGUCAUCGCGAUGCUGGCCCUCAGCGGAUUCUGCACCGCCGACUGCACGAGCUCCUACCUUAACAUGCAGAUAAUAGCACCUAACUACGCGGGCACCAUCGUCGGCAUCAUCAACAUGUUCGCCAACCUGACGGGCAUCGCAGUCCCUUACAUCGUCGGCGCCUUCACCAACGCCAACCCAACGCGGACAGCUUGGAAUAACGUCUUCUACCUGUCGGCCGCAGUGGCCACCGUGUCGUACUUAGUCUACGCAGUAUUCACGACUACUGAAGAGCAGCCGUGGAACGUGCCACCCUCAGAAAGAGCACAGAAAGCAGACACCAAGGAAGGCAUCGAGAAUACAGCAUUUGACGAAGGCAUAACACAGAUGGCUGAUGGAGAUACGACGCAGCAAAGUCAUCUGAAAUCCAUCGUUCCUUAGGCUCCGUUCAAUGGACACGAAUUCCAUGUACCAACGUGGUCGACGCAGCUGUGCGACAUCGUCGUUGCGACAGACAUCACGAACUCCGUCAUUAAUGGAGCACCAUGCAAACCGAAGAUCCCUUCCUGCAACAUUACACAAUCAUCGUGACCAGAACCAUAGAAGUUACCAACUACUGAGGCAGCCAUACGUACGGAACUCGCCCUCGACAGAACCAUCAGAAUGACUGAAAAGAUUCUGCUAACAAUAUUUUUCAGUGGCUGCGUGCAGAAUUAUGGUCAAAGUAUCAGCAAGAGCACAAAUUUAUUUAUUCACAAAUUUAAAUCUAAAUUGAAUCUCAAAUACAUGGUU